UGUUCCCCCCUGCCUGUAUCGCUCCUCGACCAACGCCUCUCUCGACCGCACUGUUUCAUCUCUUUACCCCUGACGUCUUGGGUCUUCAAAUCGCGGUGCCUCGGGAGCUACGUAGGUAGCCAUGGCGCCAGACGACACGGCGGAUGAGAAUGCGUCGUACCGUUACCUGAGCACUCGCGGACAGGAUAGUGGUUUUUCAUUUGAGGAGGUCGUCCUGAACAGUGUUGCCCCUGAUGGCGGCUUAUACAUUCCUGAAGAGAUUCCGCGUGCUACUGCAUGGGAGUCAUGGGGAGACCUUAGCUUUCCAGAGCUCGCUUUCGAGAUCAUGUCCCUUUACAUUUCCCCCUCCGAAAUCCCUCCCGCCGACCUCAAAGAUAUCAUUGCGCGCAGCUACUCGUCCUUUCGAUCCCCAGAGGUUACACCAUUAGUCCAACUCAAGGAGAACCACUACCUCCUCGAGCUGUUCCACGGCCCUACAUUUGCUUCCAAGGAUAUCGCCUCGCAGUUCUUGGGCAACCUGCUUGAAUAUUUUCUUGUCAAGAAAAACAAAGGCAAAACAAGCAUCGCAGGCGGGCAUGGGACUCUCUAUGGCCAUAGAGACUCGCUUAUCCUUUAUGAUGAAUUCUUCCUAGCAGACCGACAUCGUCUUACCUUUGUCGGUGCCACCAAAGGCGACGCAGGCUCUGCUGCCGUUCAUGGUUUGAGAGGGAAAAGGGACAUAUCCGUAUUUGUCAUGUUUCCCCAAGCACAAAUCUCACCUGUUCAAGAAGCCCAGAUCACCACGGUGCCGGACGAAAAUGUAUGCAGCUUAGCCGUUGCCGGCACCUUCGAUGAUUGUCAGAACAUCCUGCGCCGCCUACAAGCUGAUAGGCAAGCCAACGAAGACUUUGACCUUGUCAGCUCGAGGAACUGGGCUCAGAUCCUGGCUCAGAUAGUGCUUUACUUUUACUCGUAUUUCUCUCUUGUCAAGAAGUCUGCGUCAUUCAAGACUGGCGAUAAGGUCCGAUUUGUGAUCCCAACAGGCAAAUUCGGCAGUAUCCUCGCCGGAUACUUCGCCUUGCACAUGGGCCUCCCCGUCGACAAACUUGUCAUCGCUACCAACGAAAAUGACAUCCUUGAUCGCUUCUGGAAGACGGGUCGGUAUGAGAAGCAGCGUGUCGGCCGUGGCGGGCAUGGCGUUAAGAAGACUCUCAGCCCUGCAAUGGAUAUUCUCACUUCCUAUAACUUUGAGCGUCUGCUAUGGUUUCUCGCCUGCGAGUUUGCAUCUAGCGCAGGCAUGGACCAUCUCUGGAACCAGAACCAAGCUAGUCAGGAAGUUUAUCAAUGGUUCCAGGACCUCGACAAGAAAGGAGUCUUUGGCCCCGUAUAUCGCGACGUUAUUAGGAGCGCUAGACGCGACUUUGAGAGCGAGCGAGUCACGGAUCAACAAACCAUCGAAACCAUCAAAGCUGUUUAUCGAAAGUCCGGAUACGUGCUGGAUCCGCACUCUGCAGUUGGCGCUGCAGCAACACAAAGAUCGAUGAACCGUACACAUGCGAACACCCCACACAUCUCUUUCUCGACGGCACACCCAGCUAAGUUCUCCGAGACUGUAAUAAGGGCACUUCAUGGCGAAGAUGGUUUCAGCAUUGUUGAAACAAGCUUAACGCCAGCAGAAUUGGCUGACCUCGAUAAGAGAGAGAAGAAGAUAACUGUAGUAAAUAACGACUGGCAGAAAGUUCGUGAGAUCAUCAAUGCUCGGAAUAGCAACUGAGUCACAGCACACUAGAGUUUACAUCAACGCCUUGGCGUGAAACGAGUUGCUGGAUACUCAACAGGGCGAUCGCAUCUACAUUCUACACGGUCACGGAUCCCUCGCCGCUAUUUAGACAGCAGAUUUGGUAGGAUACGGAAAGGAAAAUCGGGGGACAAGGAAAAGGUUACACUAUCGCUCAGGAAGGGGAAUGUAUGCCACGAAAGGUUUUUCAAUGGCGGGUAAUCCUAGUUAGACACUUCCUAUCUGUACAGUCGAGUAUUCCACCU